AGUCCCAGUAAGAGAAUAAACCUCGGAAAUUGCCCCCACUACCAAACAUUUAUGAACUGCGCAUGCGCACAGAAAAGUAGGAGAACAUUUAGCAUAUAAAACAUCUAGGGUGGGAGUAAAAACCGACGACACCCGAGGUGCAUUCUCUCGGUGGGAUGACAAUACAUCUGGUGAUUGCCUCUGGUUGUAGAUUGGUUCUGGUACUCAAACAGUCUCGAAUUGCUUACAUGAGUAGAUCGAUUCUUCACAGAAUCGAUCUUUAAUCGUACAUCCCUAGUUGACACGACGAACGAGUGCUGGUUGUAUUGGUGCUGGUGUUGGUGUUGCUGACAAGUAAGACUGAGACAGACCUCUAGCUCUAGAAGAUAGUGAUGUGGAACAAUGUGGUGUAGCAAUAUAACUGUAGUGAAAACUAGUCGUAAAAAAAAUAACAGCAUGAUAAACAAUAAAUUAAUAUAUAAAUUACUGCCGAAAUUUUUAUUUAUCACAAUUAUUUUUCAUGCAAUAUCUCCAUGUACGUCUGUAAUAUCAAACAAACGGCUGUGCUACGACCCUGAAUGCUCUGUGCCAAUUUCCUUGGGCAAGACGGUGGUGGUCUACAACUCCAAUGAUCCCGAUAUUUUAUCUUUCGGUCCCAAUGAAGAUGUCACAGUAUUCAGUAAAAGUGCUGGUACCCGUCAAGAUUUAUGGGGUGUCGAAAUUAACGGACGUAGAGGAUACGCUCCGACAAAGUUCAUAAGAGAAAAAAAAAUACUUAAGAAAAAUUUGGAGCAUGAAGUGCCUACGGGAAUAUCUGUGCCGGAAGUUAAAUCAUCAGGGCAUCAAGGAAAUGGAGAUGUGAUUAAGGAUUCGGUGAUAAAUAGUAAUCCUAAUCAAGAGAUACGUAAUUCUGUGGAGUCAGUUUCGCCGGUUAUUGAUAAAGUCUCGCCGUCUUUUGAAGUUAUUGAUGGAACGACAUUUAAUUUCCAAGAUGACAGAUCAGCUGAGAACUUUGCUACGAAGAUUAUUGAGUCUGCGGACAAGGAGCAGCCCGUAUUGACAGUUCAUCCCAAUUUGAUGACCACGCAAGUCGGUUUGGACGAUAGAUUGACUUUGGAAACUGCGGUACGGGAAAAUGGUCAAGAAAAGGGGAAAAUUAGAAAUGAAAAGCAGGAUGAUAGGGGAGAAAAAGCUGGUGAUAAUGUUGAGAAUAAUUCAAAUACGAGGGGGAAUGAUAGACCGCAUGGGGAAAAUAACCCGGGAAAUUUUGAAAAGAAAGAAUCUGUUGUUCAGAAUAAUGGAGAUGCUAGAAAUGGAAAUAGGAUGGAGAAUAAUAAUGGAGAUAACAGAGCAGGAGAAUCUAAAGCUCAGGAAAAUAUCAGCAAAGAUUUAGCUGCUGAUGAACCACGAACUGAACAAAAGCAUGUUGAGGAAAAAAAUGGGGGUGAGGAACAAGUUGGAGCAUCUACUGGUGAAGCUUCGAGUGGAGAGAACAAAAAAAGUGAACCUGCGGAUACUUUUACUCAAGUUUUUAAUAAAGUUUCGUCCUUGUUUGAUAGUUUUACUGAGUCUUCGGAUUCGGUCCCGGAAGAAAUACCUCCGACUGUUGCACCAACGAAUGCUGGUUCUGAUUCUGCACUAGCACAAGCUGUUACAGAGAAGAUGGAUAAUGUUGAAGCCCCUUCAACCCCUCCAGGACUUUCGGUAGGACCAGAACAUCAGUCAGGUGCUCGAAGCAACCGGGCAGAAUUGAAUAAUUUUUUUGGAAAUAAAGAAAACCGGGUAGAGCCGAAUAUUCAGAUGGAGAAACGGGAAAAUAAUGUAGAGAUUAAUGGUAAUUCUGGAAGUAAAGAAAGUAAAGAGCUGAAUAAUCAAUUGAGAGAUGAAAAAAAUAAAGUAGAACCGAAGAAUGUUUCAACAAAUCAAGACAAUCGGGUGGAGAUGAAUAAUAAUUCUAGAAAUGAAGAAAAGAAAGAAAUAAAUAAUAAUUUUGGAAAGGAAAAUAAUCAAGUAGAGGUGAAUAACGUUCCGAAAAUUCAAGAAAAUCGGGUAGAGAUGAAUAAUAAUAAAAAUGAAGCAAUCAAAGAGAUAAAUAAUAAUUUUACGAAGGAAAAAAAUCAAUUGCACUUGAAUAAUGUUCCGAGAAAUGAAGAAAACCGCGUGGAGAUGAAUAAUGAUUCUAGAAAUGAAGAAAACAAGGACUCGAACAUAAAUUUCCGAAAUGAAAAAAAUCAAGACUCGAAUAAUCUUCCAAGAAAUCCAGAAAACCGGGUAGAGGUGACAAAUAAUUCUGGAAGUGGGGAAAGUAGACAGAUAAAUAAUAAUUUCGGAAAUGAAAAAAAUCAAGACUCGAAUAAUCUUUCAAGAAAUCCAGAAAACGGGGUAGAGAUGACAAAUAAUUCUGGAAAUGGGGAAAGUAGACAGAUAAACAAUAAUUUCGGAAAUGAAAAAAAUCAAGUAGAAUCUAAUACUGUUCCGAAGAAUCAAGAAAACCGGAUAGAGAUGAAUAAUAAUUCUAGAAAUGAAGAACGUAAAGAGAUAAACAAUUUCGGAAAUGAAAAAAAUGUUGAAUCAAAUAAUCUUCCAAGAAGUCAAGAAAAUCGGGUAGAAAUGAAUCACAAUAAUUCUGGAAAUGAAGAAAAUAAAGAGCGGAAUAAUAAUUUUAAGAAUCAAGAAAAUAAAGUAGAGUCAAAUAAUUUUUCAGGAAAUAAAGAAAAUUUAGUAGAAUCAGAAGUUUCCCCUAUGACUCAAGAACUUCCUACCACAAAUUUCAUGCCAGAGAUUCCUGAAGAAAAAAUUAGUGAACCAGUAACUCCAGGACUUCCUAGUGAUAUUAUAUCGAACGAUAAUAAAAAUGAUGGUAACAGUCAUAUCGAAAAUAUUAAUAGCUCAGAAAAUCUUAGUGGUCAUCAAGAAUUCAAUGGUCAGCCUGGCAUCUCUGAACAGGAUGAAAUUACAGGCUCGAGCCUUGAAUCAACAAUCGAUCAGCCCUCGAGCUUCAAUGAAUUUCCGCCAAGCGAAAAUUUGUUGAAUGUUGAAAAUGUUGAGAUUCACUCUCCCACCGACCCAGAAUCUGCUGAAAUUACAGAAUCCGUAGAAAAUAAGUCAGAAGAAAUCGAAUUUACGAAGGAAAUUUACGAGGAAUUAAUAACCACCACCAGUCCACCAGAAGAAAUUCAAAAUAUUCCAGAAUAUACAAAUCCCUCAAUUGAUUCAGAAGAAGAACAAGACGAAGAAGAAAACGACACGGCAAAUAUUGAAGACUCGAAACCAGAAAUGUCUUCAGAUGUUUGCCAUGUCGAUGGAGAUUGCGAUCAACUUGAAAAUCAAAAUCUUUCUUCAGAAGAUUCCACCGAUGAAUAUUCGAUACUCAGUUCCUUCGGAACUCAAAACUACUGGGAAACUUUAUCUUAUUUAGCUUUGACAGCCUUUACUACUUUGCUCUUUUCCCUCGGAUACUUUUACAUCGAAAAUUCCAGGCGCGAUGGACAAUUGAUUGCUAAAAUAAACAAACUUGAAAAAGAAUUAUUGAUAUCCACAAAAGAAAAUUCAGUCCUAGAUGAUUCAUUAAAAUCAACUAAAACCAGACUGGGUUCAAUUGAAGAUGAGUCAUUUGGUUCCAAUGAAAUGGUUACGUCUCUAAAAUCAGAAUUAGAAGCAGCCAAUAACACCAAGAUCGAGUUGGAGAUGCAAAUAUCAACUUUAGAAAAAGAUUUAGAAAGCGCGACAGAAGCUGGCCUAGAACUAGAACGAAUGCUACGAGAGGUUCUCGCUUCAAAUAGCCAAGAAAACCCGCUGAGUAAAUCCAUUGAAGAUUUGCAGACUCGUUUGAAUACCCAGCAGACUCUCAAUGAGUCUUUGAAGAACGCGCUUCUGCUUAAAACUCAAGAGAAUGAAUCUCUGACUAUUGAGGUUGCUAGUAUGGCUAAAAAAUAUGAGCAAGUGGAGGUUGAUUUUACUCGAGUGAGUGGAGAAUUAUUGGAAGUAACUAAAAUUAGAAAUGAAAUUGAAGAAAAGUUGACGAAUAAAAUCAAAGAAAUUGAAAAAAAAUUAUCUGAUGUAUCAGCAGAAAAAGUGACCCUUCAUAAAAAAUUAAAAAGAAAAGAAGUGGAAUUAAAAGAUUUACAGCAGGUGGUAAAACAAUCUAACACUGGUAAUAUCGAUCUUUCAAAGUUGUCAGAUAUAUCGCGGAUUAAAGCAGAAGCUGAUUUGUUGAAAGAAGAAAGAGAUGAAUUAAAAGCUAAAUUGAGUGAUUUAGAAGGCGCUCAUCAGUUACUCGAAGAGCAUGCGAAGAUAAUUAACGAAGAAGUUGUGUCAUUAAGUGAGCAGUGCAAAGUUGCGAUGAAGGAAAAAGCUGAGGCUGAAACUCGUUUGGAAGUACUCAGUAAAUUCUUUAAUGAGAAAGAAGCAGAGCGGCAGAAGGAGGAGUCAAUGUGGUUGCAGCAGCAAGGAGAAGUCUCAAUUACUGUUGAGAAAUUACAGAUGAUGCAGAGCGAAAUUCAAAAUUACAAACAACAAAUAGAGGCACUGAAACGUGAGAUAUUGGAUCAGGAAAAAGAAUACAAAAAGCAAAUUGCAGAUUUAGAAGCUAAAUCUCACGAAAAUUGGGUACGCGCACGUCAAAAUGAACGUCGUCUAGAAGAAUCGAAAGCUGAAGCUGGACAACUGCGUAACAGACUAACGCUUUUAGAGAAGAACUUCAGUGAUACUGAUUCCGACAUAAAAACACAUCGGAUGGAAACAAACGGGGAGACGGCGACGUCACCGCAAUUAUUCUUAGGAGCUGAGUCAUCAAGCUCGCCGAUAAUGUUUGGGGGUCCACCGAGUAUUCCGCCGCUUCCUUACUUACACGGACCGCCACCUUUGCCACCGUAUAUGCACACAAUGCCCAUGCUGCCAGGAUAUGACGUAGGGCAACGACCGCCGCCACUCGGUGGCCGUGUAUCCUCACCUCCGCCAAUGCCACCAGGGCCUUUGCCACCAGGUCCACCUUUGCCACCCAACACCAGUAACAGUAGGUUCAACCAUUCAGGUUCCUCGCCACCAUCACCACCAAUAUCACCCGGUCUUCCAUUACCUCAUCAUCCUCAUUCUUCUCAUUCUCUACCUCCAGGUCACUAUCGUCCCACUCAGCCGCCACCGCCACCGCCGGUUUCCUUUUCCAGUGAUCGAAUACCGCCGGUACCUCUACCUUCGAUGUUACCGCCACCAGGACCAGGAGUUCCCCUGCCAAGUCCGUCUUGGAGUGACGACAAAAUGCCACCUCGUGAUAAUGGCGGGAGUUUUCAUCCCUUUCAACGUGACCACCGCGAAUUAAAUAACAAAAAUUUAAGUAACGAUAAACGGCAGUCAAGCUUUGAUCAGCAUCGUGACAAGUACUCAUGAUAAAAGACAAAAUAUUUCUACGAUUUUUUCUUUGAUAAUAAAAAAAUUAUUUAUAAAAAUAAUAUAUACACAAUUA